AUGAUAAGGAAAUAUACAAUAGCUCUUAUUAGGGGUUUAUCCCAUAAGGGAAGAAUCGGAGGAAUCGCCUACUCGUUUUAUGUACCAAAACGCUCAAUCACCCACUCUUCAACAAGAAUAUACAGCUUAAAAAGAUCAAUAGAUGAAGAUAUACUUAGAGGGAAACUAAAUGAACUAAACCUGAGAGAAGCAAAUAAUUAUGAUCCAAAGAUUGUGAUUAGAGCAGUUGAAUCCUGCCAUAACAAUGCAUUCCCUAAAGAUGAAGGAGUUUUAAAGGAAUAUUUAAGGGCUCUGGUUUUAUCCAAUACACUUUAUAGUAGAUCCCUUAGACCUCUGGUGGAGCAACCAAACACAAACUUUACAGAUAAUAAAUUAAAUGAUAAAAUUUUAAAUUUGUUAGAUCGCAAUGAGUUACACCUCAAGGUGGAUGAAAAGAACCCAAUCCACGUAGUAGUUAACCCCUCAUCAGGGAAUAAUGUGUGGAAAUUCAUGAAGAAGUUCGUUUCUUUUUCAACUCUGGCACUGUUCUUUGGAAGCUUUAUACUCAUGUUUAACCAGAACCUACAUAGAAGUAUGAAACACUCAUUCAAAGUAAUAACACCAGACGAGUCUGACACAACAUUCGAUGACGUAAAGGGAUGUGAUGAGGUCAGGGAAGAGCUCGAGGAAAUGAUAGAGUACCUAAAGGAACCAGCAAAAUUCUCAAAGCUUGGAGCUAAACUACCAAAAGGAAUACUUUUGGCAGGAAGCCCAGGAACAGGAAAAACACUCAUUGCAAGAGCACUGGCAAGUGAAGCUGGAGUGCCGUUCAUUCACGCCUCAGGGUCAGAAUUUGAAGAGAUGUUUGUAGGAGUUGGAGCAAGGAGAAUAAGAGACCUCUUUACAACCGCAAAAUCAAUCUCGCCGUGCAUAGUUUUCAUAGAUGAACUGGACGCAGUGGGAAGUAGAAGGUCAUCAAUGGACCACAACAGUGUUAGAAUGACCUUGAACCAGCUCCUGGUUGAGUUGGACGGCUUUGCGAAACACGAGGGAAUAGUUGUUCUCUGCGCAACUAACUUCCCUGAAAGCCUUGACCCAGCACUAGUGAGACCUGGAAGAUUAGAUAAAACAGUGUAUAUACCUCUACCUGAUAUGAAGGGAAGGCUAGAAAUACUUAAACACUACGCUAGCAAAAUGAUUUUAUCUAGUGACAUCGACCUUACAACGAUGGCUAAGCGCACUGUGGGUAUGACAGGAGCUGACCUUUUCAACAUAUUAAACACGGCUGCGCUCAAAUGCUCUGUCAAGGGCCUUUCAGCAAUAACAGCCACUGCACUUGAGGAGGCUUUUGAUAGAGUUGUUGUUGGUUUGAAGGGCAAACCGUUAAUAAAUGAGCGUGAAAGGAAGUCGACGGCAUACCAUGAGGGAGGCCACACUCUAGUAAGUCUCCACACAAACUCGGCCACGAAGGUCCACAAAGCAACAAUUCUUCCAAGAGGUAACACCCUCGGUGUCACAUGGAAAAUACCAGAAGAGAAAAAGGAUACUAGGAUGAACGAGCUCAAGGCUGAAAUCGAUGUUCUAAUGGGGGGUAUGGCUGCAGAGGAGGUCAUUUACGGCAAAGAAAACGUGACUACAGGAUGUCAAAGUGAUUUAAAGAGAGCCACUGAAAUUGCCAAGACUCUGGUAUUUUUCAAAAUUUUAAUUUUAAUUUCUCAGGUCAUGCAGUUUGGAGUUGGACUUAAGGACGUUGUGGGUCCAAUGUUCGUAGACACUCAAAGCUAUAAAGAACUGAGUGAAGAUUUGAGGAAGAAAAUAGACUCAACAGUCCAAUCAAUUCUCGAUGAAUCAUAUGCUAGGGCUGUUACAAUCAUAAAGAACAAUGUUAACCAGCUCCAUAGGCUUUCUGAGGCCUUGGUGGAGUACGAGACUUUAAACUACGAUGAGAUAUUAAAGGCAAUUGAGGGUAGGCUUGAGAUGGGUGUGCUCAGGAUCAACCCCAGAGAUCAGAAAAACAAGGUUUCCAACAUUAAAAUCAAGUCAACUGGAGACUUGAUAACCGAAACUCAAACUCAACACUCAUUUAAAUCUAACUAA